AUGAACAAAAUAAACGAACCUCAAUAUGGGGAUCCAAAUGUAGAUCCAGUUGUAGACCCAAUUGUAGAUCCAAUUGUAGAUCCAAAUGUAGAUCCACUUGUAGACCCAAAUGUGCCUCCUUUUCUUUUUCCAUUCUCCUUCCCGGAAUUAUUUCAAAAAAAAUACAUUUCGGCGCGACUCUCCGUUGCCAUGCACAAAACGGGCGUAUCCAUGACGAAAAAGCCAACGUUCUAUGCUCGUAUCGGAAAAAGAAUGUUCACCGGAAAUGAGGAAAAGAGCCCAUUCGACGAAGUCAUAAUAACAGGUUUGGGCAGCGCCACCAAAAUUGCAAUUGGUGCAGCGUCCAUAAUGGAAAAGGAAGACGUAGGGCAAAUCACCAAAAUUCAAACCGCCUACUUUAGCUCGGAUCGGAUAAACAGGCGGAUACCCAAAAUAACGAUCGUUCUGAAGAAGCACCCAGAUUUUGUCCCCAACUAA